CGCCAUGCCCAAAUUCCCACAAACCCUAACCCUGGAUCGCAUUUCUAACUUGUAAUUCUUCACAUUUCUUGGAAUGAUAUCCAUCACAUAUGACCGAUUUCAUCUUCAUCUGCGCAACAGAAUUUAAGAAAAAUCUUUUGGAUCACAGUCCAAAAGAUUUCCACAUGAUUGAUUGAAGGAAAAGAUAUUUUGAUUUCAUCAGGGGUGGCUCGAGGUCUAGGAAUUGGUUGAAUAGGUUAUUGUAUUUGACGGGGUUUGAGGAUGUCGAAUACGUAUGGAGAUUUAAAUGCAAAGAUCGAUUAUGUAUUCAAGGUUGUAUUGAUCGGAGACUCGGCUGUUGGAAAAUCUCAGCUCCUUGCGCGUUUUACCAAGAAUGAAUUUAGUGUCGAUUCAAAAGCUACGAUCGGGGUUGAAUUUCAGACUAAAUCUAUGCUUAUUGAUCAGAAGAUGGUGAAGGCCCAGAUUUGGGAUACUGCUGGUCAAGAGAGAUACCGAGCAGUGACAAGCGCAUAUUACAGAGGAGCAGUUGGUGCAAUGUUAGUGUAUGACAUGACGAAACGCCAGUCGUUUGAUCACAUGACCAGAUGGCUGGAAGAACUGAGGGGGCAUGCUGAUAAAAAUAUUGUCAUCAUGCUUAUCGGAAACAAAUGUGAUUUGGCAAGUCUUAGAGCAGUACCAGUUGAAGAUGCUCAAGAAUUUGCAGAAAGAGAAAAUCUAUGCUUCAUGGAGACAUCAGCACUCGAGGCCACGAAUGUUGAAAGCGCAUUUCUAACAGCUUUAACGGAAAUCUAUAGGAUUAUAAGCAAGAAAUCUCUUAGUGCUGACGGUGAUUACGAUAAAUCAGCAUCGCUGAAAGGAACCGCGAUACUUGUUCCUAACCAGGAUGCAAACACUGCUGAAAAGGGUGGAUGCUGUGGAUAGUGGACUCUCUACGUACCACCAAAUGUGGGUUGUUAGUCUUUAUUCUUUGAUCAUCAUGAUUCAUCCAUCCAGGCCAAUAUGCAAGAGCU